AUGAGCUUUGCUGAUGUGAUUAUCAGAGACACGUUGCCGUCGAUAAGUCAUCUCGAGCUGGACACCCUCAGAACCGAGAGAAACGAUCUCUCCAGGUAUUCCCUCGGAAACGGCCUGAGCAUCUCGACGGCACCCUUGGCUAGUCCCACGGCAUCUAUGUAUUCAGGGCCCCCUCCGCCAUACUCAUGUGCACCGUCGACGGCAGGAUCGACGACUGGCGUGUCUGGCUACAUCUCUCCUCCCGAAUCCACCACUCGACGCUCGACCCGGGACGAGAAGGAUUCGCCUGACCUUCGCAAAUCCCUGCCAUCCAUCCAUGAGGCUCUGGGAGACAAGUCAAUGCCCUUUUCAACCUCGUCUCAGCACCAGUCUUUGCCCACGCCUUCGACAGCCGUGGGCCAGUCGUUCUCCGAAGGCCCCAAGGGCCCUAUGAAUCCCUUUUCCCAACCAGCCCCUGGUGUGCCUGUCUUACGGGAUGUGUUUUCGGCGCCUCAAAUGACCGCAUCAACACCGACGGAAACCCAGACGGCGAACCCGCCUUUCCCUCCGCCACCUGCUCCUGCACCCGAUCCUCGCCAACCAGUCUCUCAGGCCUUUGGCUACCCAGGCUCUCCAACUUCUCAGCAACAGCCGUCAAAUUUUCGUUCGUCUUCACUAGCGAAUACUACGUUCACAAACCACAAUGAGCCUGCCCCGCCGGCUAGGUCUCCCCAACCCUACGAGCCGCCGCCCAGACAGCAACAACAGCAACAGCAACAAGCGUUCCCACCAUUCGGGAAUCCCAGCUCCUCGAAUGCACCGUCUUCUACAAAUGAGGUGUUCCAAUUUACUGCAGGCUCGAAACCAGCGAACGAGGCCCAGUACAACGAGGCCGUUAAGAGGCAUCUGGAAUCAUUUGACGCUGAGAUAGGGCUCAAUGAAAUUAGCGAUGGCUCUCUCCGUACCCUGGAGUUUGCCCGGACUUGGGGUCAACGAUUCCACCACGGGAGUCGGUCGGGUUACGGACAUGAAUUUUUACCCUCAGCAGCCGAGGUGGACGAGAUGCUCCGUUUUACCCAUCGCUCGUACGAAAUCCUCUCUUUCAUACGAGAAGUGGUACUUGUUCGAGAGGCUGCCAAAGCCGAGCAGCAAGCUCGACUUGUUCGGGGCGCUCCAGUUGAAGAAGACUACCAGGCCCCAUCCGACGAAUACAAAGGCGGCGCAUAUACAAGCGAUGCGAAGAAGCGACGUGGAAAAGCCGCGCCGCCCGGCCGAUGUCACAGCUGCAACCGAGCCGAGACGCCUGAAUGGCGAAGAGGCCCAGACGGAGCACGCACCUUGUGUAAUGCAUGUGGCCUUCACUAUGCAAAACUCACACGAAAAUUAGGCAUCAACAAGGCGGCAGCCAUGACCGGAGCAAACCUUCGCCCUAAAAAUGCCGACUCCACGAGGCCGUAA